CAGGUUUUGGUUGUUGGUGAAAGGUGCCCUUGUAGCGAGGGCAACGAAACCCUAGCGUAGAGUUUGAUAGGCAGUCCGGUAGCUGUCUGUCUCCAACGGUGUGGUGGAUCGUCGAAAGCGGCCCCAGGAUAUUGAUUGCGACGCCUCUUCGAACGUUCCUCGAAAGACGACCAAUUCCGCCACGACGCUCGUUAGACCCUCCCUCCGCCUUGCUUCACCUUCACCGGCCGCGCCGCACAUAGCGUCUUCGACACUGUAGAAUUGUAACACACUGCGCUGCUGCUGCAUGGUUUCUUGCUGGUAGCUGCUGGACCCCUGCCCUCCACCAUGGGAAAGUGGCGCUACGGCGUCGUCCUCGACGCUGGGUCUUCCGGGACGCGCGUCCACAUCUACCGCUGGCUGAACAGCGACGUCGCGCGCAAGGGCGCAACAGACGCACAAUCGCACGCCCUGCCCGUCCUAGAAACAGACAAGAAGUGGACUAAGAAGAUCCAUCCCGGCAUCUCGACCUUCGCCGACCACCCGCACGAUGUCGGGCCCGACCACCUCGCCAAGCUGCUCAGCCAUGCGCUCAAGCACAUGCCGCCCGACGAAGUGUCGAAUACGCCGCUCUUCCUGCUCGCGACGGCGGGCAUGCGCAUGCUGCCGGCCGCACAGCGGAAAGCGGUGCUCCAAGAGGUCUGCGACUACGCGCACAAGAAUACAAAAUUCCAGCUGCCCGACUGCGACGUCCACGUGCAGGUCAUCCCGGGCGAGACAGAGGGCUUGUACGGCUGGAUAGCGGCGAACUACCUGCUGGGCGGAUUCGACAAGCCGCAGGACCACGAGCACGGGAAAGGUCAUAAUACGUACGGGUUCUUGGAUAUGGGCGGGGCGUCUGCGCAGAUUGCGUUCGCGCCGAAUGCGACGGAAGCUGAGAAACAUGCGAACGACUUGACGCUUAUGCGCCUGCGGACCGUCGACGGGACACCGCUGGAGUACAGGGUUUUUGUCACGACAUGGCUGGGUUUCGGUGUCAACCAGGCGCGGCAACGCUACGUGAAGGCGCUUCUCGACUCGACGGCAUCCAACGAGCUGCCAGACCCUUGUCUACCCGCUGGCUUAGAGGUCGAGGUCACAAAAGAUGGGAGUCUCAUUGAGAGCGACGAGGACGACGGCGACGACGACGACGAUGAGGAUGAGAAAGCCGCCGCAGCGAAGCUACACGGGACUGGAAAGUUCCAGGAGUGUCUACACCAGACGUUCCCCUUGCUGGAGAAGGAGAAGGAGUGUUUAGACGAGCCUUGUCUGCUGAAGGGACAGCACGUACCCGCGAUCGAUUUCGAUGUCAACCACUUCGUAGGCGUAUCGGAGUACUGGCACACAACGCAUGGCAUCUUCAAGGACAAGCACGAGGACAAAGCGUACGACUUCAAGACGUACCAAGAGCGCGUGAGCGAGUUCUGCAACCAGGACUGGAAACACAUAAAGAUCGGCAUAGACAAAGGCAAAUGGGGCAAGAAGGUCGACGAAGAGAAAGCACGCGAAGUAUGCUUCAAGGCAUCAUGGAUAAUCAACAUGCUCCACGACGGCAUCGGCGUGCCACGCGUGGGCAUAGAACCGCUCCCCGACGCGAAGAACACCACCAAAGCCGCUCUAGACAACGCGAAAGAGAAAGGCUUCCUCGACCCCUUCCAAGCCGUCAACAAGAUCAACGACGUAGAAGUAUCCUGGACUCUGGGCAAGAUGGUCCUCUACGCAUCGUCUGAAGUCCCACCCCCAGACGAGAAAGCGCUCGCAGUAGGCUUCGGCUCCAAUGAGCCCGGCAUACCGAAAGACUUCCAAUACCCUGGCGGCUCGUACCUCCCAUGGCAACACGACCCACUGGACGACGACAACUGGCACAGGCUCUUCGUUGAAUACCCGUCUCGCAUACCCGCGCUCCUCGUCUUUCUCGUAAUCGUGCUCGUAAUCUUCAGCAUCAUCCUCGGCAAGGAGAAACGCGCGCUCGUCCGGCAGUACGCGGUCUCCCUCCUCAAAAAGAAACCAGGCAAAACGCACACGCCCCUCAAAGGCAAGCGCCGCGGCUUCCUACCCUCAAAGCUCUUCGGGCUGGGCGGGAGCGCAGGACAGGACUAUGAGCGCGUCGACGCCGGCGAGGACGGCCUGUCGCACAACGGCUUCGAGCUCGAAGAAACGUACCUCGAUUCCUCAGAUGAUGACCGCCACUUCUCCGACGAUUCGGAGGGGUCGAGAGUCGGGCGAACGAGUGGCUGGGCGACGCCGCAGAUCAAGACGAGUGAGCCGCUCACUCCUGGCUACUUCGGUACAUCCGGGCAGGCGGAUCUGGUGAGCGCGGGACAAGGGUUAGGGCUGGGGCCGCUGAAUGCGAUUGAUCGGGGCGGAUUGCUGUCCAGGACUGAUAGCAGGGAGAGGAUCAGGAGCAGGGCGAGUAGUCCGAAGAGGGCGAGGAGCAAGAUGGGGAGUCUGGAUGAGUAAAGCGCACGAGCUCGGAGGCUAGAGGUUCGGGAUGUUUGCAUUUGCGAUGGCGUUUAUGUUGGAGUCGGUAGAAUGAGGUAGGGGUUUGGCGUGUUUCUCUUUGCUAUGGUGUUGACGGCGCUUCGGCGCUUGUUUGACGGCGGAAGGACCGUCGGCUCUCUACUGUUGGGCAGAUGAUGGAGUGUUGCUAUACUACGGACAUCAUAUCAAUCAAACAUUCGAU